AGUCUCCAAGCGUCUGGUGUGUGUUUGUGUGGAUUGGCGCCCUGCUCCUGCCAGGUACUGGCGUUGCCUUACGUCGGACAGCGGCUAUCGCCCGUGCGAACCUUUGAGAAAAGUCCAUCCUUCAUUUUGUGACCGGUGUCUGGUCUCUGACACUGUCCCCGGGCCCAGCUCAAACGUGACUAGCGUGCCUGGAAAUUGGACCUUCUCUAUCCCUGAGCACAGCAGGUGGUCAAGCUCAGGUAGUGCGCGACCCUGGGGCUUUCGUGUUCUCCACGCUUGGCGCAUCCGGAACCUAGGCCCAUAGCCCGAGUUUCUGGUCGGCGGAAGCGCUCGACAGCUCUGUAUCACGGAAGCGCUCUCGGAGGGUCAGAACUCCGCCGCACCAGAUAUGGCGCCGCCCGCCGGCGGGGCUGCAGCGCCUGCAAACCCUAGUUCGCCUGCGGUGCUACUGGCAGUGCAGGCCGCGGUGAGACCGCUGGGCGCCGGGCACGACACCGAGGCGCAGCUACGGAGGCUGCAGUUAAGCGCCGACCCUGAGCGUCCUGGGCGCUUCCGGCUGGGGCUGUUGGGCACCGGGCCAGGGGCGGUCAGUUUAGAAUGGCCCUUGGAGUCCAUUUGCUAUACCGUGCGUGGACCUAACCAACACGAGCUGCAGCCUCCGCCGGGAGGGCCUGGAACCUUCAGUGUGCACUUCCCCAACUCCCAGGAAGCACAGCAGUGGGCAGCACUGGUGCGAGAUGCCACCGCGGAGGGACAAAAUGGCAAUGGCAGCCAAGCCCCAGCCCCAGAAAUGUGCCCCCUUUCUCCACCAUGUUCUUCUGUGGCCCAAAUACCUAAAGCAACCCAACCUGAGGUGGAUCUUCUUCACAGUUCUGGAAACUUGAAAAAAGAAGAGCUGGCUACACGCCUGGCCCAGGCCAUUGCAGAUGGAGAUGAGAAAGAAGCAGCCCAUGUGGCAGCAAUCCUGGCACAGCAUCAUGUGGCUCUCAAUGUCCAGCUCAUGGAGGCCUGGUUCCCACCAGGUCCCAUCAGGUUGCAAGUCACAGUUGAAGAUGCCACAUCUGUUUUGUCCUCUGCAGCGUCUGCCCAUGUCUCACUGCAGAUCCACCCACACUGCUCCAUUGCAGCCCUCCAAGAAAAGGUGUUCUCAGAGUUCGGUUUCCCACCAGCUGUGCAGCGCUGGGUCAUUGGGCGGUGCCUAUGUGUGCCUGAACGAAGCCUUGCUUCCUAUGGGAUCUCACAAGAUGGGGAUCCUGCUUUUCUCUACUUGCUCUCAGCCCCCCGAGAAGCUUCAGGACAUAGCCCUCAACAUUCCAAGAUGGAUGGGAAAUUAGGAUGCUUGUUUCCUCAGUCACUGGAGCAGCCUCAUACCCUCCAGCCAACCAGCUCCAGUCUCCCAAAUCCCCCUCAGUCUUCCCAUAUUCCCAGUCUGGCUGGUCUUGCCCUUCCUGCACCUUCAUCAAUGCCUCCAACCGCCCUGGCUGUGAGAUGUGUAGCACCCAAAGGCCCUGUACUUGGGAUCCCCUUACUACAGCUUCCACCUAGAAGACACCAAAGGUUACAAAGACCAUGGCCAUCCAGUCACAGACCCAAGUCCCUGAACCACCACCACUCAAAUAUCGCAGGGGACCUCUGUUUGUUGGGGACAGAGAUGCAGUGUUAAGGAACAAGGGCCACAAGCCAGUAAUUAAAGACACACAAGAACCA